AUGAAUGAUGAUAGCUCAAACAGUUUUGAAUUAUACAAGGAAUAACUCAACCAAAAUCACCAAAAAUAAAUGAAAAGCAUAGCGAAGUAAUAACUCACAGAAAAAGCUCUUUUUUAUUCAGGUGGUUUAGAUUAGCUAACUACAUUUAAAUUGCCAAGGAUAAAUAAGACAUAAGAAUAUUCAUAAUAUUUGGAAGAAGGAAAUGAUUAAAAUUUUGUAAAUAAAAACAAGCUAGAUAAACUAAAUUAGAGUGAAAUUCAAAUUCAACCAUAAAGUGCAGUUUAUACAGGGAGGAAACAAAGUGAAAUGUAAAAUUAAAGUGGGCUCUCAGAUUCAAUUAAGAAAUAAUUCGAUUAUAAUAUACUUCGCUCUUAAUAAAAAAGUAGAGUUAAACUAGCAAGCAUUAUGAUAAAUUAAGAAGCAAAAAUAAACAAAUCUUUUCUUGAUUCUUCAAAAAGACCUUCUAUAAUUGGUAGAGAAGAUGGAAAUAAUUCUAAGAUUCUCUAAAAUAGUCAUUUAAAAUCAUAGAGUGAAUCUGUAUCAACAAAUUGCUAAACCCCAAGAAGAAGGAGAUUUGCUUCACCCUUAACAACUAGUGAAGCAUCCAACAAAGAAAGUAGAUUGAAUAAAUCUGUUUGUGAAAAUCCUUCUUCAAGAUUUUAAUCUCCAAAUAUAUUGAAUAAAAGCUAUGUUUUAAACAGUGGAACCUAAUCUCCUACCAAACCAUUCAAUAACGAAAUAAAUAAUGGAUUAUAACGUAUUUUAAAUGAAUGCUAAAAUAUUGAAAAUAAAAGAGCUUUCACAUAGGCUUAUAACUUCCCAGUACCUAACACAAAUAAUUCUUAUACAUAUAAUCCUAAAGUACGUUCUCUUUCUUAAAAUGAUGAAACAUUAUUAAAUGAGUUUAGUAAAAUGUCAUCUAAUUAAGAAUAACCAAGUAAAAUCUUCAUUACAUCAGAGCCUUCUGUAGAUUAGCUAUAUAAUAGAGGGAGUCUCUAAUAUUUAGAUCACUCUGCUCCACCCAACCCAUAGCAUAAUAAUUCAAUAUCCUCACUGACUUAUAUAGCAUCUCCUCUUCCUCCUAGUAAUUCAUAUCAAAGAAGCAAAAAAACAAAUAGAUUUUCUUCAAUUUAACCUCAAAUCCCAACAUAAAAUAGUGUGAGCAAUGAAAGAAAAAAAAGAAGUGAAAGUAUUGAUAAACAUUAAGAAUCAACUAUCUUGUUAAGACGUAAAAAUUCAGGAAUUUCAAGCAGUUCAAAUGUUACUAGCAUUUCUAAGAUGAGUGAGAAUAAUGUAAUUAGAAGCUUAAAAAAGAUGUUACAAAAUAGAAUAAAAUUAAGCUAACUGUAAAUUCACUAGGACUAGGAUUGCAGAAGAUUGCUUAAUCAUUUUACAAAUAAAUGGUAUGAUUUGAUUUCUUCAAUACAAAGAAAGGAUAUUGAGCACACAUUGUUUUUGGUAAUUUAAUUACUGAACACCCUAGUCGACUUGAAUGAUAUAAAUUGCUUUUUAAAUAUGUUACUGUUUAUUUCUAAAGUUUAUAUUGACUUUCUUGAUUAUGACAAAGCACUUUUCUUUUUAAGCUAAGGAAAAAUAAUUUGUGAUUAUACUCAGAAUUAACAGAAAAAAAUAGAGUUUCUAAAAUAAAUUGCUGAAUGUUCUACAGGUCUUAAAGAUUACAAAGCCUCCAUAAUAUUACUAAAAAAAGCUCUUUAAUAUGCUUGGGUGCUUAAGGAUACAAAUUAAGAGACCUUUAUUUAUGAUAAGCUUGGGUUAAAUUAUUAUUAUGUUGGGGAUUUAGCAUUAUCUAAAUAUUAUCAUGAUAAAUUUAUGGAUGGAGACUAUGAAUGUUUCGAUUCACCGAAUAGAUAAAUGGCUGAAUAGGAUGUUUAAGAGUUUUUCUAUUACCUAGAUUGUAAGACUGAGGGUUUUAGCAGAAUUAUUUUCGGAAAACUAAGUUUGCCAAUUUUAAACAUUUAUGAUAAUGAUAGAGUGAUUACAGAAUAGGAUGAGUAUAAAACAAAAUAGUCUUUUAAUUUCAUCAAUCAGCAUGGCUUGUAAAAUACUUGUGACAAAUAUAAAAUAUACAAUUAUAAGACAUGUAAUGGCAGGGUGUUGCUAGAUUAGAUGAUGAAAGAGAAAGAAUUUCACUUUGAAAUUUCAACUCCAAUUUAUUCAUAUUAGCAAAGAAAAGAAGAAGAAAGAUUGUAGUUUUAUCGUGAUAUAGGUGAACCUAUUUAAGAGCCAAGAAUCAAAAAAAGAAUGGCUCUUCCUUAAGUUUUAGUGAAAGAACUUGAAAAGAGAAAGAAAGAAAAAGAAAAAUUGGAAUAAAAAACUAGAAAUUUUAAUGAUCCAUCAAAAUAUAAAAUUCCUUAUCAAGUCAGAUUAUAAUAAAUGAUGAAUGAUAAAGAAACUUAUGAAUCAACAAUCAAUAGAAUACACUAAAUUGUUAGAUUUACCGACCCUAAUUAAUAACAAAAACAAUAAGUUCUUCUCAACCAUUUAGAUGAAGACAGACAGAAAAUGAUGAAUGAAAAAAUUCACGAUCCUUAUUCUUUAAAGAAAAAAUACGAAAGUCUACUUUCAGACAUUGUUGCUGAGUUUAUUUUAAGAAAAAACGGGCAAAAUACAUCUGGGAUUUACAUAAUUUGA